GUGGACACGUCUUUUUGGUUAACGAACGAACUCUACCUAGUGUCCGGAAAUGCGUCAUUAAUGUGCGACAGAGCGUGCUAAUCGACGGAGGACGCAGGGAUAAAAUUGACAUGUAUUGAAACGGAGAAAGCUCCUGUAGGAGUGAUGGCAGUGUCUUAUUUGGCUCGAGCCCUGCGUUCCCUCUCAGUCUCACAGCCUGCCCUGUUGUCAUCUCAGGUCCAAUUGUGUGUUAGGGCAUGUGCUCCAGUGUUAUUGCAACUGGGUGCAUUCAGGGCAGUGCUGUGCCGUGGCUUCCUCACCACAGCAUCUCUGGAGCAGAACAGAACUAGGUGGAAACAGUGGGAGAAGUAUUCAGUCAGACCAAUGGGGAUGAAAAAGACAGGAGGAAGAGAUCACACAGGUAAAAUCCGAGUACAUGGCAUCGGCGGAGGCCACAAACAAAAGUAUCGCUGGAUCGACUUCCAGCGUCUACGCUACCAGGAAGAUGGAGAAGGACAGCCAUUUGAUGAGAAAGUUGUUCAAGUGCGAUAUGAUCCGUGCAGGUCAGCUGACAUCGCCCUUGUAGCGGGAGGCAACCGCAAAAGAUGGAUCAUCGCUACAGAGAACAUGCAGGCAGGAGACAUCAUUAAAACAUCACCCGUCAUUGGACGCAUGGCAGUCUCAGCAAAUGAGGGUGAUUCCUACCCACUGGGAGCACUUCCUGUGGGCACCCUGGUCAACAAUCUGGAGGUACAACCAGGGAAAGGGUCAGAGUAUAUUCGGGCUGCAGGAACAUCUGGUAUUCUCCUCCGUAAAGUAAAUGGAACAGCCAUUGUUCAGCUUCCUUCAAAGCAGCAGGUUCAGGUACUGGAGACCUGCAUGGUAACGGUGGGCCGUGUGUCCAAUGUGGAGCAUAACAAAAGGAUCAUCGGCAAAGCAGGCCGCAAUCGCUGGCUGGGCAUUCGGCCGUCGAGUGGGCUAUGGCAGAGGAAGGGAGGCUGGGCAGGACGCAAGAUUAAACCGUUGCCUCCAAUGAAGAGUCACGUCAACUUGCCCUCGAUCUCUGCUAACUGAAUAAAACAGGUGCUUGAAAUAAAGGAGUGCUUG